AUGUUUUUAUCCUCUCUAGCCCGAUCUGCGGUGACGCAUUUUACUUCCCAGGUGAGGGGUCUUCAUCGAUCUGCCGCUCGCACCGGAGCUGGUGGCAUCUUUGUGCACAGAGACACACCGGACAACAAUGCUGACACACCGUUCGAGUUCACAGAGGAAAACAAAAAGAGAAUUGAAGCUAUCAUUUCAAUGUACCCCGUCGGCCACAAGCAAGCAGCAACCAUCCCUGUACUGGAUUUAGCCCAGCGGCAAUAUGGAUGGCUCCCUGUCAGCGUCAUGAACAAGGUGGCUGAGGUGCUAGAAAUCCCACCUAUGAGGGUGUAUGAGGUCGCCACCUUUUACACCAUGUUCCUGCGCCAACCCGUGGGCAAAUAUUUCAUCCAGAUCUGCACCACCACGCCAUGUAUGCUGUGCAACUCGGACAGCAUUCUGGAAGCCAUCAAGAACAAACUGGGUAUCAAGGUCGGUGAGACAACAGCGGACAAGAUGUUCACGCUAAUCGAAGUGGAAUGUCUCGGCGCCUGUGUCAACGCGCCCAUGGUGCAGAUCAAUGACAACUAUUACGAGGACCUUACUCCACAGGAUAUCGAGUAUAUUAUUGAUGAGCUUCAAGCAGGCAGAGUGCCGCCACCAGGGCCCAGAAGUGGACGUUUUUCCUGUGAGCCUGCUGGUGGACUGACAUCCCUGACAGAACCCCCUAAAGGGCCUGGCUUUGGUGUGAGGCCGGACCUGUAG